AUGGUCACCAUCACAAAGGAGGAGUACGACAGGCUGCACGCCGUGGCAGCCAGCAGCGGGAUCAGGGAGCAUCAGGAGCCCGCGCCGCGCCUGCUGGCUGGCCCCAAGUGGGGCUGGCACCAUGGCCCCGCCGACGCCGUGGACAGCGCCGCCCCGCCCGCCUGCGCCCCGUGGCCGAAGGCGAAGCCGAUGCCAGGACAGCAAGCCGACGGUGAGCACGACACGGGCGCCGCAGCCGAGUACUGCGAGUACGGCGGGGUGGCGGCGCAGCCGAGUACUGCGAGUACGACUGGCGACUGUGGCGGCGAGGUCGAGCCGAACGUUGGCGACGCGUACGACGAUCGCGGCUGGGACGAGGGCGGCACAGCCCACAAGCGCCGUCGUCAGCACAGCAUGGACGACGAUGCCAAGGUGCCGUGGCUCAAGCAGCAGCUCAGCAAGGUGGAGGAGUUGCUCAGCGAUGCUGGCGUCAUCGUCAUGAAGGCGGUGCAGCACACAGGCGAGGAUCACGUGGCCCCAGUGCUGCUGGAAGACGAAGUGUCGGGGAUUCCACCUACCGUUCGGACGGAGAAGAUGAAGCGAGGUGGACGACACGUCAGGAUCGCGAGGAUCAUGGCCAAGCAUGUUGCCAAUGGUGGCGACCUGAAUGCAGUGAGACAGUCGGCCGACCGCAACGUGCACAAGUACAUCGAGUGGUUGUUCCAGAAUCACUGGAAUGAGUUCGAAGAGUUCGGCUCAGCACAGGUUGUGUGGGACUGCCUUCGCUGGGGCGCUUCUUGA